AUGUCGAUGCCGGCGCUCUCCGCCUCGCUGGCGUCGUCUGAUGUCGCGCCUGCCCUCACAAGGGUGCUUGUCUCAGAGCAACCGCCGCCGCGGCCGGCGCCGCCAGCGACGACGUCACCAGGCAGCCCAACUACGGUGGAGGUCACCUUCUGCGUGCAGUAUUGCGCUGCCGCCGCAGCCGCUGUCCACGUCUGCGGCGACGACGUCGCCCUGGGUGCCUGGCUGCCCGGAGGCGCGCUGCGUAUGCAGUGGAGCCAAGGGGACGUCUGGUCCGCCACCGUCGAGCUGCCUGCAGGCUCCACCCUGGAGUACAAGUACGUGGUGCUGGACCCCUGCGGCCGCCCCCUGCGCUGGCAGGAGGGCCCCAACCUCGCCCUCACCCUGCCCGCCGCGCCCACCCGCUGCGCUGUUGAGACCGUGGACUCGUGGUGCCAGCGCCUGCAGCUGCGGCGCAGCCACGAGGCCGGCGCGCGGCAGCCGCCGCGGCUGGGCGUGUGGGAGCUGUGCGGCGGCGGCGACGGCGUCGGCGUCAACGCGGUCGGCGCGGCCAGCAACAACGUGGUCGCGUUCCAGCGCGCACGCGACGGCCGCACGCUGGCGAGCAGCAUGGGCGUCCCGCUCGAGCAGCAGCAGCAGCAGCAGCAGCAGCAGCAGCAGCAGCAGCCGUCCUCCUACGGCGGCCGCCCCAGCGCCGUGCCCCCGCCGCUGCCAGUGUUGCAGCACGAGCUCGAGGCCGCGCUGCAGGCCGCCCUCAGCGCCCGCGAUCUCGCGCCCCCCGGCCGCGGCCGCGGCCUCUCCGCGCCCGGCCGGGCCGCCGCCGCCGAGGCGCUCGGCGCGGCGGUCGAGGGGCUGCGGCACCUGCAGUCGCGUGUGCUGCAUGAGGGGGGUGGCGGCUCGCCGCCCGCGGGGGAUGUCGCGCGCCUCAAGGUGGCCUUCUCGCCCUCCGCCCCCGCGGUCUGCGACGACGACGCCGAGCUUGGGCUCCUCGCCGCCGCGGACGACGCCGCUGCUGCCGCAGCCGCGCUGGCCGCGCUCGACGCGCCCGUCCUGGGCGUGGGCGCGCGCCGCGCUCACAGCGGCGCCGCGCCGCCGCCUCUUCCGGCGGCUGCGCCUGCCACCGGCUACGACGCUUCCUAUGAGCAGGGUUGCGCUGCCGCCGCCGCGGCCGCAGCCGCCGAGUCUGACGCGGAGGGCGUGGGCCCGCUGGUGGCAGCGCUGCUGAGUGACGACUGUGCGCUGUGCUGCGAGUACCUGCAUGACGCGAUCUGCAGCGGCAGCAGCGGCGAGUGGGCGGGGGCGGAGGGGCCUGACGCAGACCUCGUCGCGUGGGCUGUGGCGGACCAGGAGCGGCAGCAGCAGCUGCAGCAGCAGCAGCAGCAGCAGAAGGAGCGGCAGCUAAAGUCGGCCGCGGCGCUGGCCGACAUGAAGGCGCGCGUGGUGUCUGCGCUGCACACUGCUCUCGAGCGCUCCGACGCGCUCAGCGUGCGCCACAGCGACCCGGCGCACCCAGCGUUACUGCGCGCGGACCGACGCGUCGCGGCCGCCAAGUGGGCUGCCACUGCUCAGGACCCACAGUAG